CACUAUCCCUUCAGAUCUUUCUCUCUCUACCCUUUCUCUCUCUAUACUCUUCUUGUUUGCAAAGCUCACACGUUUCUCUGCUUCUCAUCUCUCUUUAAUGUUUGUUGAGUUUGACUUUUCACAGUUUCUCUACUUCGCAGCUCUCGCUCUCUCUGCUUUUGAAGCUCUGGGAGGUCAAGUGAAAUGACGAGAAUGCCACUGAGCUUCCCGUCGUCGAUUGACAUCGGAGCUCUGACUUCGAACUGGUGGGACGAGAUCAAUGAUUCGGUUCAAUGGCAAGAUGGGAUCUUUUACACUCUCUGUGCUACUUAUGCCCUAGUUUCGUCUGUCGCUUUGAUACAAUUAAUAAGGAUUGAAUUGAGAGUGCCUGAGUAUGGUUGGACAACACAAAAGGUUUUCCAUCUUAUGAACUUCAUUGUAAAUGGAGUACGUGCAAUUGUCUUUGGAUUUCACAAGCAAGUGUUUUAUUUGCAUCCCAAGGUACUAAUUCUUGUACUACUGGAUCUUCCUGGACUUCUGUUUUUCUCAACAUACACUCUUCUUGUCCUAUUUUGGGCAGAGAUAUAUCACCAGGCAAGAAGUUUACCAACAGAUAAGCUCAGAAUUUUUUAUAUUUCACUUAAUGCUGCAAUGUACUUUAUACAGGUUUGUAUUUGGGUAUACCUCUGGAUAGAUGACAACAGCGUUGUGGAAUUCAUUGGAAAGAUAUUUAUUGCAGUGGUAUCAUUUAUAGCGGCAUUAGGUUUCCUGCUCUAUGGAGGAAGAUUAUUUUUCAUGCUGAGACGAUUUCCUAUUGAAUCCAAAGGGAGAAGAAAAAAGCUUCAUGAGGUUGGAUCUGUGACAGCCAUAUGCUUCACCUGCUUUCUUAUAAGAUGCUUUGUGGUUGUUCUAUCUGCUUUUGAUUUGGAUGCAUCACUCGAUGUGUUGGAUCAUCCAGUUCUGAAUUUAAUCUAUUACACGGUGGUCGAGAUCCUCCCUUCAGCUCUUGUCCUCUACAUCCUGCGUAAGUUGCCUCCCAAGAGAAUAUCAGCCCAAUAUCACCCCAUCCGUUAGCCAUGGUUCAUAUUAUCCUCCGAACUAUCAUUCUUUUUACCUUAAAAAAUGGUUUCACAUGGUUGCGGCAUUAGAUGCUAGUGGAAUUGAGAGGUAGCAGCAGGCAGGGCCACAAGAAAAGUCCAGAUGUAUUGUUCUGGCAUGGCUCAUGGUGGCAGCGAUUCUUUUUUCCCCAUGUAUAAAGGAGGUCUUUGCGACAAGUUAAAUUGAUUUCUUCAUGGAAUUGAUUUCUUCAUGGGUUUUGUAGCUUGAAUACCGGACGUCAGAUAACAUUUAUGGUUUUAUUGGAUUCACAUGCUAAAAGGAAAUUGUUCUUGUAAUUUUCGUUUAUAGUGAAUGUAUCAUUUUUAGCUGAUUUGCUUGUUUGUUAAGAAAACAAGGGUUUAUUUACUUGGUUAUGUAAUUUUGGAAAGAAAAAGAAAUUUUUUUUUUUGUUUAA